CGUUUGCUAAAUUCAUAGCUCUCUGUCUCCAGUUUACUGUGUAUCUUUUCCACUCUCAACACCCCUAAACUUCUACUUUGACAAUUUAACACGCUAUCUCCCCACCUUCCUCGAAACUUCUAUCCAUUCACUAUCUUACUCUGUUCAAUUAUAUAUCCCAACCACCCUCCCCCUCUUUGCUAUCUUCAUUUCUAGAUCUGGGUCUCUGCUUGUAUAUAAAAGAGUUUCAAUCUUUACGCGUUUCUUGGUUUUCCGGCGAGCAAAGACAAGAUGGAGAACACUCAAUCGUCUUUCUGGCAGUUCAGCGAUCAGCUCCGUCUGCAGGCGAGCAACUUGGCCAAUCUCUCCCUCAACGACUCCAUCUGGAGCACCAGUUACGGUACCAAGCGGCCGGAGGAGAGGCGGAACUUUGAGGUCAAUUCACUCAACAACGCCCCCGCCGCCGCCAACAACCCGCCGGUGAACAGUUUCAAAUCUAAUUACAACCUCUUCAGCAACGAUGGGUGGAAGCUGUCCGAUGAGAUAGGUUCACUUUCCGGAUCCGGGUCUGGGCCGUCGCCGAAGGGGGCGUUUGGAGUGGGGUUGAACGGUGGUUUUAACAAAGGGAUUUAUCCGGCACCGGCGAUGACCUUUAAUCCGUACUUUAAAGGGACUAAUAACGUGGCGGUGAACAACAAUAAAGGGUUUAACAUGAUGAAGAAGGCUGGGAAGCUGGGAUCUGAUGAUGACCAUUUGAAAACUGGGAAGAAGAAUAAAAAUGUUAACAAAGAAGGGAAUAACAAGGAAGCCAACAAUGGUGAAAAAAAUGGAGCUGACAAGAGAUUCAAGACUUUACCACCCUCAGAAGCUCUGCCUAGAAAUGAAACUGUUGGAGGGUACAUCUUUGUUUGCAACAAUGAUACUAUGCAAGAAAAUCUUAAAAGGGAGCUCUUUGGGUUGCCACCUCGUUAUAGAGAUUCGGUGAGGCAAAUCACACCAGGAUUGCCUCUUUUCCUCUACAACUAUUCAACCCACCAGCUUCAUGGAGUUUUCGAGGCUGCAAGCUUUGGCGGAACAAACAUUGAUCCUACCGCUUGGGAGGACAAGAAGAACCAAGGCGAAUCCCGCUUCCCUGCUCAGGUGCGUGUGCUGACAAGGAAAGUAUGUGAGCCACUUGAAGAGGAUGCUUUCAGGCCAAUUCUUCACCAUUACGAUGGGCCUAAAUUCCGUCUCGAGCUGAACAUUCCUGAGACCCUCUCCCUGUUGGACACUUUUGCAGAGGGUGGUGACCCAUGAACAUAGCAUAACUUAUCAAAGGGUGUUAUGCGAGUAAUAAGAAAAGAAUAAGCUGCUGUGGCUUGUAAUACUAAAGAGAAGAAAAGAGCAACAAUUAUAUAUAUGUAUUUAGGGAAUAGGAAAAAACAAAGGAUCCGGUGUAAUCUGCAUGGCUUGUGCGAAAGCAAAUCAGAAUGUUUUU